AACUCCUUCCAGGUUGCAGCCAUGAUUAUGAUGUUUCUUGAACUCUGGCAAUCAUCUGCUGCCAGACCGAAAUUCCACAACGAAAAAUAAUAAGCCUAAUCUCAAAGAAACUUUAGCCCGCGUGCAUCUGUCGUAGGUUGGCUUCGAAUCUAACGAGACUGUGUUAAGCCUACACUCGACGGGGUCUGGUGGAAGACAGGCCAACCUUCAUUUCAAGGAGAAUUUAAAGAUCAGUCCUCUUGGCAUCAGCUGAAUGAGUGAUUGAAAUUCUCCAUAAACCGGCUUAACCAAGGCAACAGCGUGCCAUCAUUAGAUCAUCAUUUGAGGCGUCUUCAGAAGUGUGAAGAUGAAGAUCAAGGAAGUGGACAGAACUGCAAAUAUUGCCUGGUCCCCAGUGAACCAGUACCCAAUUUAUUUAGCUGCAGGGACGGCAGCUCAGCAACUAGAUGCUACCUUCAACACGUCUGCAUCAUUGGAGAUUUUUGAGCUCAAUCUGAAUGAAAGCAGCUCGGAAAUAUCAGUUAAAGCAUCUCUGAAUUGUGAUUCACGAUUUCACCACUUGGUGUGGUCCUCCUAUUCAAAAGCAGGCUCUACUGGUAAUGGUGUCCUUGUUGGAGGAGGUGACCGAGGUCAAAUUCUAAUAUAUGAUGUUGGAAAAAUCCUCAGUGGCCAAGGUGGGCUCAUUAUGCAACAGGAGAAGCAUACUGGCCCUGUCACUGCACUGGAUUUCAAUUGCUUUCAGACGAACUUGUUGGCUUCAGGAGCCAGCAACUCAGAGUUGUACAUAUGGGACUUGGCAUCACCUGGAGCUCCUAUGAGUCCGGGAGCAAAGGCCCAGCCACCUGAGCCUGUCCAAUAUCUGGCUUGGAAUAGACAAGUGCAACACAUCCUUGCUUCUGCAUUUCCUGGUCGAGCCAUCAUCUGGGAUUUGAGAAAAAAUGAACCCAUAAUCAAAGUGUCUGAUUCUGCCACUAGGUUGAGAGUAAAGUGCUUGGCUUGGCAUCCAGAAGUAGCAACUCAGUUGUGUUUGGCUUCUGAAGAUGACAAUCAUCCUCUUAUAGAGCUCUGGGACCUUCGCUUUGCCACUGCUCCCUUGAAGACUUUCCAUGGGCAUUCAAGGGGUGUGUUGUCCUUGUCAUGGUGCCCUCAUGAUCCUGACCUCCUCUUGAGCACUGGGAAAGACAACCGUAUCCUCUGCUGGAAUCCCAAUGCUACACAGACUGAUCAGGAGUUGGUGUGUGAGGUGCCCAGCACUUCCCAAUGGUGUUUCCAACUAUUAUGGUGUCCCCGGAACCCAGCAUUAGUGGCCUCUGCUAGUUUUGAUGGGCAUGUCUCCAUUUACUCCCUUAUGGGAGGUCAACAAAUCUCAACUCCCCCUAACAAGAUUGCUGAAUCCUUCCCAGGGAUGUCGUCUUUUUCAACUCCAGCUCCUCCUGCUCCACAACAAAAACCUGUCAUUUUGCGUAAUGCUCCCAAGUGGCUUCAACAACCUUGUGGCUCUUCUUUUGCUUUUGGAGGGAAGCUGGUGACAUGGGAGAAGGGGUCAACUAGUGUGAAGGUUCAGCAAGUGAGGAGUGAGCACGAAGUGGUGGGGAGAGCUGAGGAACUGGAGGAAGCCUUGCAAUCUGGUGGGGAAGCAGUACAAGCACUAUGUGAGAAGCGCCGUCUUGCUGCUUCUUCCCAUCCCCAUAUUCUCCAGGCUUGGGAGUUUCUUAAGGCACGGUUGGAAGAGAAAUCCUCUCAAGCACUCCUCACUCUUCUUGGGUAUGAGCCACCAAAACCAAAGGGUGAGAUGACAGGAAUGAGAGAUGGGCCAGGUAAUGAAGCACAUGCAUCAGACCUCAAUGAUCAUAUUGGUGCCUUGGAUCUCAAGGGCUUGAAGAGUGAAAGCCGACCAUUGAUUCGAGCUGUGGUGUUGGGUGAGUGGGAUAGUGUGAUGAGGAACUGCAUGUUGGAGUCUUGGAAAGAGGCACUUGCUGCAGCACUCACAUAUGCCAAGAAUGGACCCAGCCUCAUGUCCCUCUGCCAGAUUCUUGGGGAUCGGCUACAGAAUGAAGGGAAAUUGGGGGAGGCAAUGGCAUGCUACAUCUCAGCUGGGGGUUUACCUACUCUCACAUCGUCUUUUGGGGCUGACUCCUUGCAAGACAUUGUGGAGAUGGCUGUCCUGCUCCAGCAGAAUGCAACUGGCUCAGGAAUGCCACCUGAUGACCCGGCCUUGAACAAGUACUUUGAACAAUAUGCUCAGAUCCUCUGCUCCCAGGGACAACUCCAACUUGCUUACAAGUACUUGGCAAACAGCACUCAGCCGAAGUUGGUUUUGAUGAGGGAGAGGUUGAGUGUGGCACUGGGAAUGGUGACACAGCAGCCUCAAUCCAGGGCAGUAGAGAAGAGAGGAAGUAUUGGCCGUGUUCGUACAUACUCUUCCUCCUCCACCUCAUCCUAUUAUCAAUCAAUGGGUGUUGAUUCUUAUUAUCAACCUCCCCCUGCUUCAGCUUCAGUUUCCUCCACUGCUCCACCUCCUGCAUCUUUGCACCAGGGCAUGAACCAGAGCCCAACUCCCACUCAUUCUGCUGGGACUUCCAAACCUCAGAUCAAAGGUGCUCCAUUUGUGGCGGACCCAAGUGUGAGCUUCCAGUCGUCAUAUAAUGCAUAUGCACCUCAGGCAGUGCCAGGCAGUCUUGGGACAUACCCAGGUCCAACUGGAGGAACAUGGGGAGGGAGCUUGAAUGCCACUGGUUCUACCCAGGGACAGCAUCCUAUUCCCCCCAAUCCUGGCUUCAUUCCUCCUCCUUCAGCCACUGCAACAUACUCAGCUUGGAGCUACAAUAGUUCUUCAGUAGUCACUGAUGACAUGCAUGCAGGAUAUGGCAUGGGAGGAGGAACUGGUCCAGGAUCUCAGGCAUCUCAACUCCCCUCUCUUACUCCUCCAUCUUCAGCUUUGCCCUCUGUCACAUCAUCUUUUCACCCUCUUGCUUCAGGAUGGAAUGAUCCUCCCACACUACGGACUCCGCAAAAACCGAAGCAAAGUACAGUGAGUGGGGUAAGCAUGGGUCAAGAAGUGGUUCCUUCUUCAACACCUCCCCCACCAGUGGCACCCAAUCCUGUUCCUUUCUCUGCCCCUACUCAGGCUCCUCCCAAACCCAUCCCAGCUGAGCAUCAAGUCCUUCAUGAUGUCCUUCAGGGACUCCUUGACCAGUGCCUUAUUGUCACCACUCAUCCUCAAAUGAAGCGAAAGCUGGAUGAUGUGCGAAAGAAACUGGAAAUCUUGGAUGAGAAACUUCGUAAUGAAGAGCUUGGUCCAACAACAUUGGAGGGGUUGCAUCAACUGGUGGGAGGAGUCCGGACAGGCGAUUACCCACAAGCCCUAGCCAUUCAUUCUCAACUUGUGGAUUCAGGUUCCUUUGCCACUUUAUCAGCCUUCAUGCCUGGUCUCAAGAGCCUCCUCCAGGUUGCCCGUCAGAUGGGCAUCUACGUCCAUUGAGAUGUCUGUGCUUCAUACGUUCAUAUGUUUGAUGACCCCCCCAGAGUGCAGAGGGAAGAAAGGACCUCAACAGCCUUCAUCUUUGGGAGCAUUUGCUUCCAUUGUGUCGACUUUCUGCCUUGCAUAUUGCAGCAGGUUACUGUAUCUAGCCUAUAUCAUAUGCAAGUUUCCUCUCGUGAUACAAAUUAGGACUUGGGGAUCUGUCCCAGUAAGUCUGAAAAACCAGGGGCCUUCAAGUUGCAUAAAGUGCAUGCAAUUCACUUCCUCCUAGGGUCAUCCCCAUGAUUGAAUUCUGGUUAUCUGCACAAUUGGAGUCUAUUUUAAAAAUCUUAUGAGAUCUAGUACAUCUGUUUAAUGUAUUUUCCCAGUUCUCCUUUUUCUCUCAUUUGCUGCCUUCAUUUAUUUCCUUUUUCUCCAGAUAUUUAUUUUUUCCUAAGCUCAUGAUGAGGUAUGCAUUUGCAUGAUUUGUGGUAAUUGGGUUUUCAAGAGGAGGAUUUUGGCUUCAAAUAAAGUUAUUUCCUGUUCA